GCAGGCCAAGAGCUCCUAUUGAUGCAAUUGAGGAUGUUGAAGAUGUUCGCAGUAGUUUCCAGCCAUCGUCUUUGGUGGGGUGGGCUUCAGAGGAGAAUCUGCCUGAACCAGCCAGUGCCAAGCAGGCAGCGCUUUCAGCAUGUGCACAUCCGAGUUGGAGACCGGGCUGAACUCAGCAGGGCCUUCACACAGAAGGAUGUGGUUGCCUUCUCAGAAUUAACGGGGGAUGUCAAUCCUUUGCAUUUAAAUGAAGAUUUUGCAAAAGACACCAAGUUUGGAAAGACAAUUAUACAUGGAGUUCUGAUCAAUGGACUUAUUUCAGCUGUCCUAGGUACUAAAAUGCCAGGGCCAGGCUGUGUAUUUCUUUCCCAGGAAAUUAAAUUUCCAGCCCCUUUAUAUGUUGGAGAAGUGGUUGUAGCUUCUGCAGAAGUGAAAAGGCUGAAGCGGGGCAUUGCUGUCAUUGCUGUGUCAUGCUUGGUAAGAGAGAGUGAAAAGACUGUUAUGGAAGGCUGGGUUCAAGUUAUGGUCCCAGAAGCUCCCAAGCCCUGAACUAGGGGCUUCAAGAAGCAAGUUUAGGCAUCAAUGUGACUGUUUUUGAAGAGCCUCUGAGGAAAAUGGAUUUUUGCUCAACAAGGAAUGGCCAGCAGACCCAGUAGCCCAUAGUUGGGGAUGGGAGCAGGUAGUGAGGUGUUCACAUGUCCACUUUCCAAUUUGGCCUUAUACUUCACACAGAAGUGACUAUUUAUCCUCUAAGUUUGUAAAAUUGAAAAAAAUAUAUUAGGAAAGUUAUCAUUUAACUUAAGGUCCUACUUUUGGGAUUUCAGAGUUAGGUUUGCAUUUGGAUAACACAAACCUACCUGUAUCUGUAUAGAAUAAAUUUCUCAUUGAAUUUAUAGCUAGCUAGCAUUCAAUUAUCGAAGGUAACAAUAGAAUUUAGCUCAUCUUUGAACACCUAUCUUUUACCAGUAAAUAUUCUUAGAUACUGUUCUUCA